AACAACGGGCGCCUACCAUAACCGAGAGAGGGGGAGCCGAGGGUGAGACGAAGAGUUUUCGGCAAUAUCACAUCGCCAUUUAGUCGUUAGAUAACCGUUGUAGUUAUCCGUUUAGGAUACAGUCCUGCAGUUUGACGCUUUUAUUAAAAUACAUUCUAAAUUUUGGCAGCCUAACGGAUAUGCCUGAUAACAACAUAGUUGUCCUCCCCUAAUAUCAUAGUAAAGUAACUUGUCGCUUGAUUGACGGGUCCAUAUUAUUGUAGGAUUUUUCUUCCUACUGGAGAAAGGACUGUAAAAAAAACGAUCAGCGAAAAAUAAACGUGGACGAAAGUGAAAUAUCAAGAAAGACUGUCGUGAGCUUCCGACGAGGUACACGUGUGAAAACAAGAAAUAACUAAAGAAGAGACAGGAGUUGUGUCGUUUGCAUAUAUUUUAUAAAUAAGUCCUUAUUUUGGUUGAACAUUUUUUUUUAAUUUAGGGACGUGAACAAGUGACACCAUGACGACUGAGAUGCAGGAGAUCGCCAUUACGGAGGAGAAGCCUUUACUUCCAGGUCAGCCCGAUCCUGCAAAGGAUGCUGAGGCUGCAGCUCGAAUACUGUUGGACCAGGGCCAGGAACACAGUAUUGAGACACCUCAUGGUCUCCUCCACGUGACUCUCCAUGGAACCUCUAACACACGCCGUCCCGCCAUCCUCACCUUCCACGAUGUGGGCCUGGACAGUAAAAGCUGCUUCUCUCCUCUGUUUAAAUUUGAGGAGAUGCAGGAGAUAGUGAAAAACUUCACUCUGGUCCACAUUGAUGCUCCUGGUCAAGAGGAGGGGGCCGCCACCUAUCCUAUGGGAUACCAGUAUCCGUCCAUGGAGCAAAUUGCAGAGAUGAUCCCUGCAGUCCUGACAUAUUUCAAUUUCCGUUCUGUCAUCGGAGUUGGAGUGGGAGCUGGGGCGUACAUUCUCUCCAGGUUCACAAUGGCCCACCCAGACUCAGUUGAAGGUCUCGUUCUCGUCAACAUUGACCCUCAGGCUAGAGGGUGGAUGGACUGGGCUGCCCAGAAGAUCACUACCCUGACAUCCUCUCUCACAGAGCAGAUAUUGAGUCAUCUCUUCAGUCAGGAGGAGAUGUCAGCUAACGCAGACCUGGUGAAGUCACACAGAGAUCGCAUCUCUAAAGCCCCCAACCUCACCAACAUCGAGCUGUUCUGGAGGGGCUACAACAGCCGUAGGGAUCUGAUCCUUGACCGUACCAGCAACUUCAAGUGUCCUGUGAUGCUGGUGGUCGGGGAUCAGGCACCAUAUGAGGAGGCUGCUGUGGAGUGCAACAGCAAACUGGACCCAACAACAACCUCAUUCCUCAAGAUGGCAGAUGCUGGCGGUCUUCCCCAGCUUACCCAGCCCAGCAAAUUGACCGAGGCUUUCAAGUACUUCAUUCAGGGGAUGGGCUACAUGGCAUCAUCCGUCAUGACCCGUCUGUCUCGUUCGCGCACCACCUCGCUGUCUUCCUCUUACUCCAUGGAGGGGGAGCGCGAGCGUUCUCGUACCCUGUCUCAGAGCUCUCAGGGUGGGCAGAUGCCCCCCAGCCCCUCCCAUACCAUGGAGGUGUCCUGUUGAAGAGAGAGAGACACAGAGAAUGAGUGUGUGUGAGAGAGAGGGGGAUGGAGGAUGGACUGGAGAGAGAUGGGGAUGGAGAGAGAGCGAGGGAUGGGUAGAGGGCAGAGGACCAGCUGAGAGAGUGAAGGUUUUAUGGGAACAUGGAUGUAAAGGAGAGGUAAAGGGACAGAGGGAGAAUGAAAGACAGUUACUUAAACACUGUCAUCUACUAAUCUCUUCACCCAGACAGCGACGGGUAAAGGGAAUGGAUAAAUGAAAAACGGGAAUGGAAGAAAGGAAGUUUAGGAACAAGGGAGGGAAUAUAAGGAAAAGGGUAGCAAGGAACGUGUGUUUUAGGGGCGUCGGCAGUCCUCCCUCCCCCUCGAUCAGAACAUCUGUUAGCCAAUAGAGCCUAUUAACCUAGAGAGUGGAAGUGGCCUGUAGUGAUCUCACCUUAGUGUUCACCAGUAGAAAUAAUUAUGAUAAUGAGAAAGAUUAUGAUGAUAUUAACACUAUUAAUAAUGACAAUGACAAUAAUGUCAUAGUAAUAUUAUUUUAAAAAUGAUCUUUAUUUUUAAUGCAUGAAAUACAAGGGAAAAAAGACUAUAGCAGAAAUACUUCAAAUGAAAAUGUGUGUCUGUCAACUCUUUUAAUAAAACAUGUUUGGUCUUU